AUGAAGCAAAUUUGGUCCCUUAAUCGAGGAGUGGUGUUUAGAAAAAUUGAGAAUAACCUUUUCAUCAUACAAUUUUUCCAUUGGCGUGACAAGGAGAAAGUGUUGGAUGGGGCACCGUGGAAUUUUGACAAUCAAUUGCUUCUAUUAAAGGACAUUUGUGGGACUGAACAACCUGAAUCAAUAGAAAUAAAACACUGCCCUUUUUGGGUGAGACUCUAUAACCUACCUCUUGAUAGUCGUUCUGACGGUGAUGUGCGUACGAUUGCUGAGAAAAUUGGGCAUGUCAUACAAGUGGAGAGUGAUGAACUAGGGUGGGAUACGUCGAGAAGGGUUCGGGUGAUGGUCGAUGUUACAAAACAUUUGCGAAGGAUUCAAAAGAUUAAGAACAAGCAGGGAAUUAUCACUUAUGUGCAGUUCAAAUAUGAGAGAUUAGCCACAUUUUGCUUUAAGUGUGGGGUUCUUGGACAUACGGAGAAGGAUUGUCCUAAUGUUGAUGAAGAUGAGGAGUUGGAUGAGAAGUUGUGGGGUUUGUGGCUGCGUGAUUCACCUCGAAAAGGCAGAGAGAAGAUUAAGGAAGAAUUGUCAAAAAUUAAAGCUAAGACUAAAUCACUCUCUUUCGCUCAGAAACCUCUUGGAGAUACGGGGGGAGAGGAUAGGGUGUUGAAGCUAAAGGCGGGGCAAGGUGUUAUGAAGGGGUUGGAUUUUACUAGUGGGAUGGAGAAGGAGGAUAAUGUGGGGGCAGAGCUGCUGCCUUCUUCAGAGCUUGAUGUGGUGAGUGUUACUGAUAUGAGUGAGUCGGGGAGAGGUGGUUCUAAAAAUUCUGGGAGUAGUGGAGAUGAGUUGGCUGUGGUGGAGUCUGCUGACUUGGUGGGAAAGGAGGGAAGCGUGAGUGGGGUGGGGAAUUCUACAGGAGAGGUGAGUGGUGUGUUUGAUGUGAAUGGAAAAAAUAAAGGGGUUUUUGUCUUCGAGGCUACCAAAGGUAGGGGUUCGGGGAAAGUUGGAGGUAAAAGCUGA